AAUUGACGGACCCAAAUUGCAAUGCAAGAUGGCUGGAUGAGGAUGAGCCGAGCGAGGAUUCAACUUACAAGUAAAUUUGUCAUUCUGGAUUGAUUAGUUGCUGAAAUGUGCUGAAAUUCUGCACAACCUUUUUGGAAUUGGUAAUUUUCUUGUGUAGCAUGAGAGUAUAGAGCGCUCUUCAAAAUGCCAGUGAGUACAACUUCAUUCAAGGCUGGAAAAGCGCUGGAGGCUGCUGUGCUGUGUGGUCAGCAUGGUCUAUCCUACUUCAAGCACAUUGAGCGCACUCUACAAGAUGUGAAAAACAGUCAGGACCAACCCCAUGAACAGGCAUGCAGUGUGGAAAUGAUGAGGAAAUUAAUCACCACCAUCCAAGAGCAACUACCAUGCCAGCGAUUUUGGCAGGCUGAAAUAAUGGUGUUGGUAAUUAAGCAUAUCGCAGUAUCUACACAGGAAGGAAAGUCAGAAAAUCUCUCUGUAUUUUUGGACAAUGGACUCUCCGAAAUACUAGUGUUUGUGUAUGAAGAGACAAAGAGGUAUAUUUCUCAGGCAGGGAGAGAUGUCCAUCAUGAAGCGGAUAAUUUGAUGGAAGUCUUGUUUGAAACCAUCAAUGAAGUUUCUGAAUACAGUGGAGCAGCAAGGAAGUUAAUGGUAGAAGCCUUUUGUGCAAGAUUGAUCAUGCUUGUGAUCGACACAAAAAUACUCUUCCAUACAAGAAUGGAGGCGGAGAGGACAUUGAACCUGAUGUUAGAGGGAUGUGAAGAUGAUGACCUUACCUGGAUUGGAAAUGAUCCUGUCACAGCUAAGCUAAUGCAACGUCUAGCCGACCUUCUGCCUGUAGCAGGUGACUUUGAGAUGCAGAUUGCCAUUACAGAAUCAUUAGCAAGGAUGGUGACAAAGAGUGAACGAAGGAGAAGAUCACCAGCAUGGUUCCCAGUACAGGCCAUCAGUGAAGCUUUCUUAGCCAUUGAUGACCAGCGAUUUGAUUCAGAUUGCCGCAUAUUUCUGAAUCUUCUGAAUGAGAGUUGCCGGGAGAGAAGUGUGUGUUCUUUCCCAUGUAAGAAAGCAUUCCUUGGAGAUUUUGAGUUGAGGAACCCUAAUGAAGAUAAAGUGAGUGAGUUCUGGGUUGACUUCAAUGCAGUCAGUCAAUCGAUCACCAUGUAUGUAGCUGAUGAAGAUACAGGAUUAGAAGAGGACGGUGGUUUGUGGGAAACGGUGACAUUCUCCAAAGAAAAGGUUCAGGAAUACCUCGUAAAUGAGGAUGAGAAAGGUUUCAUUAACCUUGUCGUCACACUAAAGGAGCCAGCUUCAUCCAUUCUUGCUUUCUGUGGCAACGACAGCCGUACAGCUACCAUCAUAUUCAAUCAGAGAACAGACCUGGCUGAUGCCCUGGAUCUGUCUCUAGGAUUAGAUAAGAAUGCUGCUCCAAUUGAGACACCAUCUUCAUCUCGUAGAAGUUCAGUGAGUAAAAUCAAUGUGUUGGUGAAUCGGGCGAGGAACACGAGCUGGGGGCUGAGUAACAUGCCGCAGUCGUUCAACGACGGAUACAUUGAUGCUGGAGCUCAUCAUGAGUUGCAUUCUGGGAAGCAUGUCGGAACUUCUGGGGACAUGCAUGCCGAUGAGGCUAAAGCCACUCCAGUCAGACGGAAGAUAUCGAUACCACUUGUUCCUAUGAUCACACCCACCAGGACAUCUCUUCAUUCAGCAGCAUCUUCCAGUGUGUCUUCCUCUGGAGGUGUGGCUUGUCAGGGCAAACAAACGAAUCAAGGUUUUGUACAGCCUAAGACUCCAGCUGGAAUUCAUGGGAGUACUAAGAAGGUGAAGACCCCACUUCAAGUAAUAGUUGCAGACAAACCCAGUUCCUCAGGGACGGACAUCGAUCACCCUAGACCCCAAUCAAGAACACCUGCCAAGGUAUCCGUGACAAGGAACACCAUUGUCUGCCAAUCACCAAGGGUCGUUCAAGAAGAGACUGAACAGAAAACCACGAGACUGGUGGCUAACCGUCUGGAAAGUGCCAGCUCUGAUUGUGAUGGAGUUGAGCAAGAAGUUGCAGUGCAACAGAAGACAAGGAAGGGAAAGCGUGAUCAGGUUGAGACUAGCUCAGCUAACAAGUCGGCCAAACAGACAGCAGUUAAUGAUGCAGGAAAAGAGAAUGUAAAGAAGGGUCAGUCCAAGAAAGGCAAAUCAGAUCAGGUCUUGGCAGUUCAAUCUUCUCCAAACAAGCUGUCCCAAGAUGUCACUGAAAUCCCAGAUACCCAGUCUCAGAGCUUGAUCAGUCAGGAGAGUGAAGGAAGCCAAGGGACACGGAAAACUACAGGAAGAAAGAGAGGUACAAAAGCUGCUACCAAUCCAGUGAGUAAGGGCUCGAAGAGGACAACACGUAGCUCAAGAGUUAGUCAGGCUAAAGAUGGAGAUACUGCCAGUGAUAUGCCUCAGCCAUUACAAACUGGAAGUAAGUCCAGACGAGGGAAGAAGUUUACGCUGUAUUCAGAGACAUCCUUCGUGAUGGACAGUCCUGAGAGGGAGGAAAAGAACACUGGGGGCAAAACCAGGGGUAAGGGAAAGAAAGCCCCCAAAGGAAGUGAUGAAAAAUCUGCAGUUAGAGAGAUGGAAGAUUCUGAGGGAGCAGCUCCAAAGGGUAAAGCAGGUCGAACCAAGAUGGGUAAGAAACAGGAGGAACAAAAAGAUCUUCGGGAUACAGGAAGAUCCAGCAGAAAGUCAGAAAAGGAAGCAAAUGGUACGCAGACAAAAGGAAAGUGUGCUUCCAAAAAGAUCAUCAAUGACAUCUCAGAACCGCUCAUGAUACACGUAGAAGACAACCUCUCGCAGGAUUUUGUGGUGCCAAAGACAACAGUGAAGGGAAAACAAAUCCGUGGAGUCAGUGACCUCAAAGUAGAUGGGAUGACCGUUCGUAACCUGAUGUACGACCCUGACCCACAAGAAGAGCAGGAGCGUCAGACAUCUGGCCUUCCACAGAUCGACAGGAAGGCAGCUGCUCAAGCUUUAGCGGCAGAAAGUGCAGAAUUCUGCGUCCCAAGCUCAGCUCCAGAAGAGAGGCAUGUUUCCUCUCAGAUUAUCCCCAACUCUCAGCCAGAACGUGAUUUCUUUAGGAGAAGUGGUAGAUUUCCAAGUCCUUUGCUGAGUGAUAUUACAGAAGAGAGUACAUUGAGUAAAGGCAGCAGUGGUCCCAAACUUGGAAAACAAGUACCACAAGCUUCUAGUCAGUCAGAUAAGGCCUCUGAGCUUAUUGUGAUAAAGAGCAAAACCAAACCUGAGACUGCCAAGGCCGACUCUACCUCUACGAGUUGCAAUGGGAAAGACCCCUAUGACUUUGUGGAUUCCUCUUCUGUUGGGAGCUUCCCAGUUGGUUCUAGGAAGACUCCUGCUAAAGGUGGUGGAGGUGAUGGUACCAGUGCAAAAGCUCAAAAGGAUGAUGAAAAGACAGCUGCAGCUGAAAGGAAGAAAAGAGGACGUCCGGUUGCUCUUUGCCAGGAGGAUGGAACUGAAGAAAGCAGUCAAGAUGAGUUUGUGGAAAACAGUCACAAAUUUGGACUAAGGAACAAGGGGAGUGCUAAGAGUAAGGACCAAGGUAAAAAUCAGCGAUCUACCAAGGGUCGAAAGACGUCACCGACGUCAGACCAUCAGCAGGAAACUACCGAGACUGAAGAUGAUGCACAUGAGAAGCCCCGCCAGUCAUCCAGGAGAAAGAUGAAAGGGAAACUUGAUAGUGAGGAUGCAUACAUUCAGCGCAUUCAGAAGGAAACAAAGGAGCUUGCAGAGUUUGCGAGUCGGAUGCAAGACCAAGAAGAGGAGUACCCAGAUAUUGAGGUUGCGAGAGACGUGGCACUUGUGACUGAAGCCUACGAUGACUCGGAUAUCCAUACCUUUGUAAAGUCAGUCAUGAAGAGUCUGCCUGAGCGAAGGAUGAAUAAGGAUGUCCUCAAGAAGGAUGUCCUCAAGAAGCCUAUCCAAGGAAAAGGAAAGACUCUUGACAAACAGGACAAGACUUUUGAUGAUGAGCUAGAUAAAGAGCCAUUGUGUGCAGAGAAGAAAGUUCCAGAGGUAGAUGAUGCUGAAUGUGGCCACAGAAAGAAAAGCUCCUCAGGUUCGAGAAAGAGAAACUCGAAGUCCAUAUCAAGAAGUCUAGAUGCUGAACUAGAAGGAGAGGUAACUUCAGAGCCUCACAAGAAACCUUUUCACAAGGACAUCUCAAGAAAAGCAGUUGAAGCAGCUGCAGAAAAGUCAACAAAAUCCACCAGGAGAUCUGUGAGGGAAUCUGUUACGGGUGAUGAGAGUCUUACUGAGGGAGAAAUGAGUGUGGAUGACAUGGUUAGUGCACACAUGGAAAGCAUCUUGGGCGACAGAUCAGGUAGCAUUAAGAAAAGUACUUCAAAGAAAGCUGAGAACAGAAUCAAAGAGAGAAGGGUGGUUUCACAUGUGGAAGAACUUGAGGUGGACAAUGAGGUUUUGAGGCAUGCAGAGGACAGUAUAUCCAGACAGAGUAAGAUGAUUGUGGCACUUAGGCGCAGUUCUGGUAACAUGCAACAGGAUGAGGAAAAUAACAUUGAUGCAAAGAAGGUACAGAGGAAAAGAUCUGGAGAUGAGAUGCCUCAUACAUCCAAUGAUAAAAGCAAGAGGGCCAAGCGAUCAUCAGUGUCUUCCAUCCAAGGGGACCAGGCACUGCAUGACCAAGUACCGUCUCCUAAACAUCACAAAGAAAGAAAAUCUAAGUACGAGAAACCCAGACUGGAACAAUCAGACGAUGACAGCAUGUAUGAUUAUGAACGUGACUUGGAAGAGCUUGAAGCAUCUAGGAAGAAGAUGAAACAAGAUAAAUCUAAACAGCAGGAUAGAAUCACCAAUAAAAGCAAGAAAUACACACCGAAAACAACUAAUGACAAAACCCCACCAUACUCGUCUAAGAACAAAAGGAGCAUAGAAGACAAUGUAGAAGUAGAUGAAGUUCACACAAGGAUGGCCAAAGCCAAGCCAGUGACCACCAUUGCUAAGAUGGAAAGGUCAGCACUAACGUCCAAGGUGUCCAAGGACAGGAGGACACACUUUGGAUCACAGAUCGAGGACUCGGAUUCAGAAGAGAUCAUGGAAACUGCUACUACUACCCCUCCUGAUGACACGUCUACUGUUGUAUCGGUGGAGAGUUUCAGCAGCAUGUGUAAGGACUUGCUGAAAUCUAGUAGAAGAGGAAUUGCAGCAGGCCGUACAAGACGGAAAGUACAAAAAGUGGAUUACACAGAGCUGGAAAACUCGUCCGUCGGAUCUGAUGAUCAUAGUGAUCUUCAAACGCCUUGCAGAUCUGCAAAGAAAACAUGUGAAAAAUCAACUAGUGACAUUUACGAGUUCCGUGAGGAGACCAGCUCCUGUUGUACAACAUCCUUCAUUGAGGACGCCGUCAGUGAAUGCAGCUGGCUGGCGGACAGACCUAAACAGAAGGUCUCCACCUACUCCAAGACAAGACGGGAAGUCUUUGGCCUUGCUAAAAUCAGCAAGAACCUUGACACAGUGAAGAAACCUGGGAACAAGCCGCAAGAUAAAAAUGCUAAUGCUCCAAAGAAAAGGAAAUCCAAGAAUUUGACAGAUGCAGCAGAAGAUGAGUUUCCACUUUAUUACUAUGAAGAGGAGGAGACAAAGAAAACUAAGAAAUCCACUAAAAAAGGGACUCGACAGAGGAAAGAGCCUGAUGAUACCAUCCAAGAGCCUUCCCACCAGAAAAUACUGUCCAAAAAGCCAAAGAGCAGCUGCCGAAGAAGCCUUGUGGAUUGCAUGUCCAGCUUGGGCAGUAGCAGCAUGAGCCAUAUGUACGACAGCUCUCAAGAUCUGAGAGAUGACAGUGAUGAGGGCGAAGAGAAUGACGAGAGAGGUGAGGAGGAGAAGGAAGAAGUUGAGGAAGAGGAGGUUCUGAUAACACCAGCCACCCCUGCUUUAACCAUUGAGACAGUGACCUCCCAGCUGUCCUGUUGGAAUACCCCUGGGAGUAGCACCCGGACACCUAGAACACCAAAGCAAGUUUCAUUUGUCGAUGAGCUGGAAAGUGUAGGAUCUGAUGGUGAAGGUGACUUUGAGAUGGAUUGCCCUGUGUCAGGUCCGUCUAAGAGUGUAAGGGCAUCUGAAUCAACACUGAAAAAGAAGUAUGCCAACCUCCUCUUAGAUGACGAAGAUGAGAACAUCGAUGAGGACAUUGAUGAGGAUGUGAGUCUUGAGGAUGAUGCUCACCCUGAGGUAGAAGACGUUCCAAGAAGCAAGGAUAAGAAUAUGGGUCGAUUGAACCAAAGCUCAAAGCAUAUUUCCAUGCUGGAGCCCAGAAUACUGUAUCAGGCUAAUAAUCCGAUGGAUGAAGGAGAGCAGAGUGAACAUUCUGGUGAGGAUGGCAUCAGUGAUCAUUCUAUCUCAUCCUCCUGGGGACAUAACAUGGACUUCCAUUCCAUGCAAAUGCCGGAGAUGUUUGGUUUCAUGAGAAAUAGAAUCAAACAAAAGUUAACGGAGAAGAGGACCCAAACCCAAAAGUUCACAGAGACAGCUAUUCAGUCCACCCAAAGGCAGAUGAAUAAACUCUUUUUGGAACUCCACAAAGCAAGGCAAAGGGGCCAGAAUGACUUCCAACACAAACUUCUUACAGAGUUGGUCGGCAUGGAGGGUAGUUUGGAGAAACUAGGCAAGAUUCAAGCCCAGAAUGAACACCUACUCAAACAAUACGCCAAGAAGUCCACACAGCAUGUAGAAAGGCACUUGUCGAGAGUCGAAGAGUUGCAUGCAGGCUUCUUGAGGAAAGAUGCCACUUUAGGGGAGAAUGUUGUAGAAUCUCUUCAACAGGUUAUCAACAAGGAUAUGAAGGCUAUGCUCAAGAGAAUGCUUCAAGAUAUGCAACAAGAACAGAUGAAGAAAACUGUGCAGUCUCUUUUCCUAAUGCGAUAAUUGGUGACUUAAGAUUUGCUGUGUAAUGAUGCAAUGAGCAUUCUCCUCUGCUUUUGAAUUGAAAUUUAAGUAUUUCCUUUCUUUAUAAAUAAGAUAUAAAUUCAUAUGAACAUGAUUUGUUCAUGUACAGAGUGGAAAAAAAAGAAAGCUUGCUCCUGAACGUUUUUUUCGAAGCUUAAAUUGAUGCUGAACACUGACAAGUGUUCUUGUGCUUUCAAUGUAAUCUGUAUACAUGUAAUCUAAAAAUUUUCCUCAUGAUAUUUGUUUUGAUUGGAGUAUUUGAAUUUUGAUUGAAUUUCUUUGUAUUUGUAUUGAAUGUCACUGUUUAGUUCAAAGACUGCUUCUAAAAUGAAAAGAAAUAUUGUACAGAUAAAGCAAAUAUUGUCUGACAAUGUUAUUGAUAUUUUCUUAGAUUUAAUUUUAUAUAUUAUCGAUUAAUAUAUUUAGUCAUUAACUUUAAAAUAUACAUUCAUUAUCACUUUGAACAAAAUAUAUUUACAAAAAUGAGACUGCACCUAUAUGAAAACAAUUUUAUAACUGACAUGUCAUUUUGUGUCAAAUGGUGUAAAUACAUGUGCAAAAUAGUAAAUUGUAUCUAUAUCAUAUGUACAUCUGCAUGCAAUUUAUAAAUGAGAAAUUUAAUUACUGUUUAGAGUUCAAUAAAGCAACA